AUGGCCAAAGAUCUUCUGAAGAAUUAUGGUUGGCGUAUAUAUUUUUCAACUAUUAAUGAUUGGAUAUAUGUCAUUGAAGAAAUCAUUUCAUUUUGCUAUAAUAAUCGUACCCCUUUUUGUUAUUACGGGUGUUUGCUCUUAUCAUGUGAAUGGAUUAGAUUUGAUGUCAGGUCUAAACCAAGUUCACAAGGUUCUGGUAAAAAAGUAGCGGUAGUUGACACUCUGAUAGGAAGUUCAGCUAACACCUCAUCAAAUCUUAAUGAGAAUAACAAUAACGAACUAACAACAGAUGCAAGAAUGAAUGCAACUAUAGAAGAUGCUAGAAAUGGUACUAGUGCGGAAUUGCCUGGCUCUUUAUCAGGACAUGAAGCUGAUGAUUUUAUUGAACAAAUUAUGGAAGAAUCUGAGCAAAUGAUUACAUUAAGUGAAGAGCCAAGUACAUCAACUUAA